AUGAAGUUUUUAAAAGCCACAAAUGCCAAAGUGUGUGAAAAAAGUGGUAGAGAGACGAUAAAGAAACAGAAAUCUGGUAGGUUUUAUUUCAAUAAACUUGUACUCGUCAAGUUAUAACAUUUUCCCUGAUACUUUUAUUUUAAGUUAAGAAGAGAUCAUUUUUUAUAUAAUACAUAAACAGUUUUAUAUCAUUAUUGGAAAGAUUCAUUAUUUUCCUUAGAAAGUCUUUUCCUCUAAACAUUUAACAAUUUUAUAAAUUUAAAAAAUAAAAAAAAAUUCUAUUUUAUUUCAUUAUCUAAACUAUUGUAUACAUUUUACAUAUUCUUGUAUAGUUGCAGAUUAAUUGGCUAAAACAUAUUUAAAUGUAUAUUUCUGCGAGGUAACCAUUGUUUAAUACGAAGGAGGUGAAUUAUUAUUUUUUGUUCUCAAAAUAUUUCUGUACAGAACCAAAGCCUGGUAAUCGGUCAACUCAAAUGAGUUGCAAUCCUGUCCAGACCAAAAUUAGGACGACCAAAAAUGAUGUAAGUAUAAGCGUCGGUUUGGAAGGGGGUUUGCAUGAUUUUAAACAUUAAACCCCUUUUUUCAUACCACAAAGUAGCCUUUUAUUGUUCCUCAGGUGUGAAUAUAUGUGCUACUUAUAACUCUAAUGUUAGUUUAAAUAGCACACAAAAAAGUGGGUCUAUCUGUCUUAGACCUCGUCUAAUCUAAUUUAGUGACCUUACACAUUCAAUUUGAUUUUCUGCGUUGUUUAAUUUUCGAUAAUGAUAAUAAUAAUAAUAAAGUUUAUUUGAAAAAACACGCUUCAUCCCCAAAAGCUCGAAGCGCGGUACAAAGUCAAUCAUAUAAUAAAGAGAAAUAAAAACAAUCUAAAAUUUACCACAUUUAAAAAACAUACGCCACAAUAUAAAACUACAUACGAGCAUACCCAGUCAAAGUCUUUCAUCCCGUUUCAACCAUAAACAACACAGGCAAAUAAAUAUUAGCUGAAAAAAGGUGGUAGAUAGCAUCACCCAACAAGUUGUUUGCGAAUUAGAUGUGCUUUUAAAUCGGUUUUAAAGGACUCCAGUAUAUGGCUGCUUUUGAGAAAGCGACUGGAAGGGCGUUCCAAAUUGUUGGGGCGGCAAAUGCAAAAGUGCGCUUUCCGUAAGUCUCAAGGCGAGCACACGGUAUCGAUAUUUUGCCACUAUCGGAUGAGCGGAGCUGUCUAGUGGGUACAUAAAGUGUCAUGAGUGCUUUGAGAUAUGACGGCGCCAGGUCAUGUAAGCAGCGGUAGCACAAAGUUGCGAUUUUGUACUCUAUGCGAGCGUGGACCGGCAGCCAGUGCAGCUCUCUCAGAAAUGUUUUGCAUGGUCGAAUUUGCCUUUGCGAAGAACAAUGCGAGCCGAAUUAUUCUGUGCUCUUUGAAUUUUAUCCAGGAGAGUAGCUGGGAGACCCACCAUGAGAGCAAUGCAGUAAUACAUGCGUGAUAACACAAAUGCAGACAUCAGCCUCCUUGAUGCAUUAACGUUAAGAAAGGUCUGAUAUGAUUAACCGUGCGCAGCUCUAGAAAAAUCGCCUUUCAAAGCAUGUUAAUGUGGUUUUCCAUAGUUAGUAUUCUGUCUAAAUAGACACCCAGGUCUCGUACUGUUUGAGCAAACUCAAUCUGCAUACCUGAGAGAAUAAGUGAUGAUGUGUUUUUUACAGAUUUUUGUUUAUGAGCAGUGGCAAUGAGGAUCAGCUCAGUCUUGUCAAAAUUCAAUUUGAGCUUGUUUAUGGUCAUACAUAUCGAUCUUUUCAAUAUGUUGGAUACGCGAAACUCCUGCGGCGUCUCAUAGAUAUUUUCUUUCGAUGCCGCAUAUGCCAUUUUAUAGCUCAGAAAGAGUGGAUGUACUGGACUAUUUUAUCCGUAACUUUUUCUAAUAGACAUAUGUCGGUGAAAAUCUGAUCAGUCAUUGAUCUUUUUCGUCUAUUUCUUGAUUGGUGGUCACCUAGUAUUUGCUCAGUGUAAGACAGUGUGGGUUUUACUGUUUUUUGCUUGCCUUCUGUAAGGUUCAUUCUUUUACAUGGCCUUGUUGUUAGUCCUUCGCAGGUUUUUUUUUUGUUUUGUUUCUGGGGGGGGGGGGGCUGCAAAGUCCCCCCAGCCCCGGAGCAAAAAGAGGGCCAACAAUAAAUCACCCGGAACUUCUGGCACUGCCCCCCCCCAAAAAAAAAAAAUCUGAAGUGCCCCCCAAACCAUGUCAGGGUUGGGCUGCCCCCUUACAUCUCUGUAGGCAGCCAUCUUUUUUUUUUUUGUCUAAGGUUCCCUAGCCUUUCUUGAUCCCUCCAUUUCCUACAAGGCAGUAGAUUCUUAAUUUGGUCCGCUUAGGGUAUUCUAUUUCCCUAUUACCCGCCAUUUCUAAUGGGCUUUCCAUUAUCGGACCUGCGAAGGUGCUCGAUGAAAGAUCAGUAUCUCGACAAAGAAGACACAGUCGUUGAAUUUUUUUUUACUCUAUACUUUGCUAAAUUUUCACAUUUGGCUUUUUUUAUUUAAACCAACUGUUUACAAAAAAUAGCCAUUCACAUUACGUUUAUAACUUAUUUUAAUUUAAAAUAAAAUUUAUACAUUUCAGAUUGUUCCUAGAAAUGAAAUAAACAAAGAUAGGAAAAUGCCUGUUACAAGGGAAUUGGUAAUACUUUAAACCUUAAUAUGUUGUCUUUGCAUUUUUUCUUUGAGGUUUAAGCUAGAGGAUGAGAUUGGAAAAUAAGGGGGAUAAUUAGGUCGAAGAUGAGAUAAAUGAUGAGGUCGAGGAGGAUGAGGUGAAAGAAGAGUUGCAGAUGAAGUGAACAAUUUAGAUUGGAGAUAUCACGGAUGCGACUGUAAAGAUGUGGUCGAUAUAAGGUUGGAGAUGGGAAGAAUGAUUAGGUCUAGAUAAGAUAAAUGAUGAGAUCUGAGAUGCUAUGCAUGAUGAGGUGGAAGAUGGGAUGAAUAAUGUGGUCGGAAAUUGGAUGUAUAAUUUUAUAUCGAAGAUGAUAUCAACGAUGAGUUCUUAGAUGGGAUGAAUGAUGAGGUCGAAGAUGGUAUCAACGAUGAGGUCUUAGAUGGAAUGAAUGAUGAGGUCGAAGAUGGUAUCAACGAUGAAGUCGGAGAUGGGAUGAAUAAUGAGCCCGAAGAUUGGAAAAAUGAUGAGUUCCCAGAUGAGUUGGAUGAUGAGGUCAGAGAUGGGAUUAAUGAUGAGAUCAAAGAUGUGAUGAAUGUUUAGCUGAGAAAUAGGCCCUGGAUAAAAUUACCAUACAUUUAAUGAAUAUAAUUUAAUAACCUUUUUUAUUCUUCAGACGGAAGUGCCAGAUUUUGACCAAAUAAGAGAGGUUGACUUACUUUUAAUAGGUAAGACUGGCAACGGUAAGAGCUCUGUCGGAAAUACAAUAAUUGGAAGAAAUGCAUUCAAUAGUUGUUCCAGCAGUACAUCUGUUACUAGAGAUGUAACAUUUGAUACGGUCAAGUUUGAAGACCGUUUCAUCAAAGUUGUAGACGGACCUGGGGUAGCUGACACUGACGGAAUCCAAGAUCUUGAAAAGGUUACAAAGGUCAUCGUCAGUAAAAUGCAGCAUGCGGUCACUUUGAGUCCAGCUGGCUACCAUGCAUUUCUCCUCGUUGUGAAAUUUGGAAACAGAUUUACAGCGGAAGAUCACGCAUGCAUAAACAUACUCAAACAUAUACUUGGAGAGGACUGUGUCAGAAACUAUUGUAUUUUGUUGAUGACAUGUGGUGACAACUUUAAGGAAGAGAACGAAAUUUUGCCGUUUAAAGAAUGGUGCCAACAACAGAGUGGAGAUUUUAAAAAACUUUUGAAUGAAUGCAAUAAUAAAGUGGUUUUAUUUGACAACAGGAAGAAAGAUGAAAGCGUAAGGCACGAACAAAUCAAAGAGUUGCUCAGAGUGGUCGACACUAUGCAGUUUGCUGGCAAACGCUACACCAAUGACAUUUUUCAAAGCGCCUUAACCGAACGCAAGAAGCUACUCGUAGAGUCAAAAGAACCGAUGAUCACUGAAGACACGGUGCGACAAGUCAGUUUUAUCAUACAAGAGCUUGAAGAGGUACAUAAAGCUGAAGAAGAAUCUCAAAAGGAAAAGCUUGUUGCCUUGAGUGAACUGGCCCAGCAUCUGCACCGCCAUGUGCUCAAGCUUGACAAGGGAACCGGAGUUCUUAAGCUUAGCAUAGAAACAGCGGAAAAUCUGGUGAAAACGAUUGCAGACAGAAUAUACAAUUUGGAUAAAAUACUGACAGAGAGGCAAGAACUCUUUCAAAAACAGGAAGAACUUGAAACAAAGUACAAAACAGAAAUACACUUACAGGAAGAGGAGUUGGAGAGACUGAGG